GCACGCUACGUCCAUCUGAUAGCGUCACUGCACCGUGGUAAAAGCCGCGGGUUGGAGGUUUGAUGACGUCAUGGGCGCGCGGGGGUGGGGGUCUCUUCACACACCGGUUCAAGUCAAGAGCAUAGCAUCCCUGCUCUUUAAAGACUUCGAAUCCAUUGCUAUAUGUGGCCCACUGAGUUGUAUAUCACAUUCCACCAAAAAUUAAAAAAUGGCAUCAACAAUGGAAGCAGCAGAUAUCGUUGUUGUUGCCAUGUACUUCAUUCUUGUCCUGGCCUUUGGCUUUUUUGCGAUGUGGAAAGCAAAUCGAGGUACAGUGAGUGGAUAUUUCCUUGCUGGUCGUUCCAUGAACUGGAUGAUGAUCGGUGCAUCGCUGUUCGUGAGUAACAUCGGCAGUGAGCACUUCAUCGGCCUCGCUGGCUCAGGUGCAGCAAGCGGGUUUGCCGUAGGUGCUUGGGAGUUCAAUGCCAUUCUACUGCUGCAGCUCCUGGGCUGGGUCUUCAUACCCGUUUACAUCCACUCAGGUGUGUACACCAUGCCGGAGUACCUCUCCAAAAGAUUCGGCGGGAAGCGGCUGAAGGUUUUCUUCGCGUCCCUAACUCUGCUCCUCUACAUUUUCACCAAGCUCUCAGUGGAUCUAUAUUCCGGAGCGCUGUUUAUCCAGGAAUCUCUGGGCUGGAACCUGUACGUGUCCAUAAUCCUGCUCAUCACCAUGACCGCCCUUCUCACGAUAACUGGCGGCCUGGUGGCGGUUAUAUACACGGACACUCUGCAGGCGUUCCUCAUGAUAUCGGGAGCACUGUGCCUGAUGGCUAUCAGUUUAGUUAAGGUCGGAGGUUUCGAGGGUUUACGCUCCAAGUACAUGAACGCCUCUCCAAACAUCACUGCCAUUGAGUUCGAGAAUAACAUCACCUACUCCAAUUCCUGCCAUGUGCAUCCUAAGCCAGAUUCGUUUAAGAUCUUAAGGGGUCCUUUGGACAAAGACCUGCCGUGGCCUGCUUUUCUUCUGGGCCAGACUCCAGCUUCGAUCUGGUACUGGUGUGCUGAUCAGGUCAUAGUCCAGAGAGUCCUGGCAGCUCGAAAUAUUGCCCACGCAAAAGGGUCAACCCUGAUGGCGGGCGUCCUGAAAGUCCUACCAAUGUUUAUCAUUGUGAUUCCAGGGAUGAUCUCCCGUGUGCUCUUUGCUGAUGAACUUGCUUGCAUCGGUCCAGAGCACUGCAUGCGAGUCUGCAACAGCAAAGCCGGUUGCACUAACAUUGCAUAUCCUCGCCUCGUCAUGAACGUCAUGCCCGUAGGUCUACGAGGCUUGAUGAUGGCGGUGAUGCUCGCCGCUCUCAUGAGUGACUUGGACUCGAUCUUUAACAGCGCCAGUACUAUCUUCACCCUUGAUAUCUAUAAGAUGGUACGUCACCAGGCUUCCUCCAAAGAGCUCAUGGUGGUGGGACGCAUGUUUGUGGUCCUCAUAGUGGCCAUUAGCAUAGCCUGGGUCCCCUUCGUCGUUGAGAUGCAAGGUGGUCAGAUGUUUCUCUACAUUCAGGAGGUGUCGGAUUACCUCACGCCACCCAUCGCUGCACUCUUCUUGCUUGGUGUCCUUUGGAAACGUUGCAAUGAGACUGGUGCAUUCUGGGGUGGAAUAGUGGGCUUCUUGCUAGGAGCCGUAAGACUCAUUCUUGCCUUUGUUUAUAGGGAGCCGGAUUGUGACACGACCGAUGACCGCCCUGCUUUCAUCAAGGAUGUUCAUUUCAUGUAUGUGGCAGCUGUGUUGUUUUGGGUUUCAGGGCUCGUGACGGUGGUCGUCAGUCUUUGGACGGAUCCACCGAGCAAGGAACAGAUUGCUACGACUACUUUGUGGGGACUGCGCAGCAGGAAUCAAACCGAGAAGAACAAACUUCCUCAGCGUUCUGUAGAAUCAAAAAAUGAGAAGAUAAAGAAUAAGGUGGAAAUCAAACCACCAUCUCAGGUUAUUCAAACAGGGCUUGAAAUACUUCCAAAUGGCCACUUGGAGUCUCAACAUACCCACAAACAACAGGACAUUGAUCAUGUAGGUGGAGAUAAGGGACGGUGUGUGAAAUGUUUGGACUGGUUUUGUGGAUAUAAACAAAAUUUAGAGGAUCCAGAUUCGUCUUUUGGAGAUGAAGACAGGAAUUUUACUGAAAUGCUCAAAGAACCUCCAAAAACCAAAAUUAUCCUCAAUCUCGGUCUCUUGAUAGUGUGCACACUUGGAAUGUUCUUGUUUGUAUACUUUUCUUUGUAAUGCUCAAAAUAGUAACCAUCGAUCUAUUUGAGUUGACAUUGCAAAAAUGUUAUAUUAUUGAUAUUCUUAUAGAUUAUUUUAAACCUAUAUAUCUAAAGUGGAAUUAUGGUUGCAAUUUAUAUUUCUCAGUAGUGUUUUGCACUGAAGUAUUGCAUAAUGUACAAUUCACAGAUUUAAUACUACAGAUACUAUUACAGAUUUUUAGUGCUGGUUGCCAAUGCACUGCCAAUACUGUGCAGUGCAGUAACAUGUCAGAUGUUCACAUUAUAUAUAAUUAAUACUAACAGGGCUAACAUCUAAAAAAUAAGAAUCAACUAAGUCAAAAUGUGUCAAAUCUAAUCUUUUUAAUCUAUCUUUUUUUUAAGUCACAUGUCACCUCCACAUCUAGUGUUGAUUAUAUCAAAACCACAUGAAUCAUAAACCACAUGGUAUUUCCUUUAAGGAAUAUUCCUGGUUCAGAACCAGUUCAGCUCAUCUGACAGCAUUUCCGGCCUAUUUAUGGCUGUUGAUUACUACAGCCAUAAAUAAACCAUAAAUCAAUUUCCACUUCUACUUAUUUCUUACUGUUAAGUCCCUACUUUUUCUAGUAAAAUCCUGGUUAUGAUGGACCAUUUAACAGAAUAAUAGAAGUGAAUGUGGCCAAAAGUUUAGCCACCAGUAUCCGUGCAUGUUAACAUAAAAAAAAAAUAAUAAUAAUAUUAAUAAUUAUAAUAAAGCUUGCUAACCCUAUUUAGGUAAAAACAAUGAUUUAAACAGCUUUAAAGAAUAAUUUUCAUGUUUCUGCCUAAAUUUGCCUAAAUAACUUCCAUUAUAAGUGCCUUAGAGUAACUUUUAUAUGCUUUUGUUUCAAUUUUGUUUUCACUGAAAAAUAAAAAUGAGAACAAGUGAGACUCUUUUUUCCACAAUUUCCACAAAUGCAGGUGAUGGAAAGAUCCUAGAAAAGGUUUCGCCUAUGUGUAAUUUUUUUUUUUUUUUUUUGUCUGUGCAUUUGUUACUCCAUUAGAGCAAUGCAGGUUAAAGUCUGAACUGACAGUGUAUGUGGUAAGUCUAUCUCCCCACUGAAAACAUCUCUACCCACCGCUGACCCCAUUUAAAAAACUGUUCUGGUUUUGUUUGUUAAUGCGUGUUUGUCAUUCUUUUAGGUCACUGGAAUUAUGUGGGCUAAUUAAAAACUCUUGUCCAAAUAAUAAAACAUUCAAAUAUUUAACUCUCCGACCUGAAAAUGUACGCUUUCCCGGUCCAUGUUAACAUUGAGACUGAAAUAAAAUCAUUUCGGCACA